CGGAAGUCUUUGGAAGAAAAGCAGAGAGCCCUCGAUGAUAAACGGGAGCAAGUUAGGGAUGCAUUGGAUAAUAACAAAAAGAUUGACAGUACUUUACGAAAAGAAGCAAUAGAGUUAGCCAAAGGUUCUGACUGGGGUUCUCAGGUCAAUGCUGUUGACGAUGAAUAUCGCUGGGCUGGGACAAAAGAUCCCAAAGUAGUUAUAACUACUAGUAGGGAUCCUUCAAGCGUAUUGAAAGUUUUCGUAAAAGAAAUGAAGCUGAUAUUCCCCAACGCACAAAGAUUGAAUCGUGGUAAUUGUGAUGUAAAAAACCUUGUCCAGGCUUGCAGAGCUAAUGAUGUUACGGAUUUCAUUCUGUUCACCGAGACUAGGGGAGUCCCCGAUGGAAUGAUAGUGUGUCAUCUUCCCUUUGGCCCUACCGCAUGUUUCACUUUGAAUAAUGUUGUUUUGAGACAUGAUGUUCCUGAUCGAGAGAAAGUCAGUGAGCAAUAUCCUCAUUUGAUUUUCCAUAACUUAAAAUCACGGCUGGGUCAAAGAUUCACCAGCAUUUUGAAAUACUUGUUCCCUGUUCCAAAGAAAGAUUCUAAAAGAGUCAUAACUUUUGCCAAUAAUGAUGAUUUCAUUUCCUUCAGACAUCACACGUUUAAGAAAGAUUCUGAAGGAGGGGAGUAUGAAUUGAAAGAAAUUGGACCUCGAUUCGAACUUCGUCCAUAUUGUAUCAAAUUGGGUACCUUGGAGAAUUUAACAGCAGCUGAAGAUGAGUGGGUGUUACGCUCAUACACGAACACUGCUCAUAAGAAGCAGUGGCUGACAAUUCAGGAAUCGGAUGAGGAUGAGUCGUAA